AUGGUCCUGAACCUAUACAAAAUUAUCAAUAAAACUGACGGCGAUUACGUUAUACUCUCCAACGAUGAAAAUUCGGAUGAUAACUACUCCGAUCGGAGCCUCGUUGUGGAGGGCAGAUGGAAUGCAAUUUUGCGAAAGCAAAGAGUUAAUGGGUCAAAAGAUUUCUAUCUUACAGUAAGCAAAUCGCAAGCAGUGUUUACUUGCAACGGAUCAUUUGCAGAUGCAGAUUACAUUGUAUAUGUGAAGAUGAUAUCAAUGAUUGAGAGUGGUCCUGAUAGAGAUGCAAAAAUUGAUAAAUAA